AUGGGACUACUCCUUCUGGCCUACCUUCUCGCGUCCUUCAUAGACAGCAGAAAAAAUGAUAUCAUAUACAGUGACUUUAUUUCGUUUAACAAUUUAAACCACGAGAAGAAUCUGCGUUAUUAUGGGUCGGGCUCGCUGGACAAGUGCUACUGGUGGUACUUCCUGAGCGAAGACUUCUUCGAGAUCGUUUAUUUGGGGAGGGAUGAGCCGACCAAAAGGAGGAAAGGGGGGAAGGUGGAAAAAAGAGGUGUAGAGGUCAGAAAUAGCGGUGUAGAGGUCAGAAAUAGCGGUGUAGAGGUCGGAAAUAGCGGUGUAGAGGUCGGAAAUAGCGGUGUAGAGGUCAUAAAAAGUGGUAAAGACGCAGAAGGGGAGGGGCCCCUCCCCUCGCGAGACAGAGACCCCCCUGGAAGGAACAUCACCAUCACGAGCGACGGCAUAUGCGCAAGCGAAAUUCUCAUUCUGUUGAAUAAGAGAAAGGCAGCGUGCAAAUCUGUAUCUUCCUUCUUCGUGCGAGUGAACAGCCAAGGGGAGGAGAAGAAGUACAUCGCCGUAGAGUACCUUGUCAGUAACCAACUCUACAUGAUAAGCAGCGACAUCGUCACGUAUAAAAGACAGAAUGAAAGCAGAAACGUGUAUGUCAUUUCGGACAAUGGGAAGAAGAUAAGCAUAUCAGAAAGCAGCCAUUUUAAUGUAUUCUUCGAUGAUAUGUACGUGGAACAUGCACAUGUUAAAAAUUGCAGAGGAGAGCUCGAACUGCAGUUAAGGACAAAGGGAAAGGUAGGCAUGACGAGAGUUAUCAUAAUUCUUCUAAACAAAUGUAAGCCCCUCUUUUUUGUCGCUACUGUAUUUGUGUACGAGCGGCUGUCCUUGCUACCGCACGGGGUGGACUUUCCGGAAGGGGCCCUCGUGCGGCUAGUCCUCAGAACGGAGCAUCCCCCAGCAGGGAGAAACAACCAUACUGAUGACUAUGAACGUGGUAAUAUCAAUGAUGAUGGUAAUUCUAGCGAUGGUGUCCAUUUCUCUUGCACAGCUCUCAUAAAGAGGUACAUGCUGCGCACGUCUCCCCUGCGUAGAAAGGCAACAAUCGCCGCGGUGCUAAGCACCCACGUGGAGGGAAGAAGACGCCCCAUAAAGCGCAAUGCAACGGACGUAUCGUUAAUGAACUGCAUAAAGAGAAACUACGUGACAAAUUUUCGAAAUGAGUACCAAAUUCAGCAGAGCCGAAGUUACGACAUCGUGUCGGACGAAAUGGUAAAGAUUAAGGAGGGCACAAGUGGGAAGAACGUCCAGAUAGUUAUCAAAAGUUUGCACAGUGGGCAAGUUUUCUCUUCCCGUGUGAAUAUCCAUAGGGUGACGAAGAGCAAGCUCGCCUGUUUUGGCUACAUAGGGAGGGAAGCUCCGAGGAGUGGUACCCCCAAUAGAGAUGGGCCCGCGUCGUCCCAAAACCGAAAGCGGAACGACACCGUUGAGAGCGAAAUUGAGCUAAUAAGAAGGCACUUAUUUUACAGAGAACAGUACUACUUGGAUAAUCUACACAUUGAAUCCUUCUUCCAAUCGAAUGUACCAGAGGACCAAGGAGAAAAAUUUAUCCUCCACAGAAAGUACCUCUGCCUUAUGCAGCUCUACGGAGAGGGAGACGCCAAGCUGCACGGUCUGUACGGAGGGGGUGAAAUCAAAUUGACAGUCUCUUCCAAAAGUCAGAAGGCAAACAUCCUCCCUUUGCACUUCUUUCCAGAGUAUGGGGCUUACUAUUUUAUGCCGAUACGCAGAGGAGGAGAAGUCUCUCUCGAGAUGACCUACAUGGGGGACUAUUUGUCCAGAAAAGACGUGUUCAUAUCCGCGCCUGUAAAGUGCUACAUGAAGGGGGGUGGCCUGUCUAUGUCCUCUCUGUUUGUACUCCCCGACGAGACGAUUUUUUACCAAUGCUCCGGGGGGAGGAGCGCCGCCACCGCUGGGAGGGUGGCGACAAAUGGGCACGUCGCAAAGGGGCACACCGCAAAUAAACACACAGUGAAGGUAUACAACGGGGGUGGCAACCUAGACGUCAGCGUGAACGAAGGGAAGCUGCACAUAUCAGUAAGGAAAUCCCCACGAGGGGAGAGUGGCAUCCCCCAGGGGAAUAGCAACAGGAGGCGGCACAACAAAGGCACUCCACCCAGUGGGAAAAACAGGUUCGAUAUAAUAUGCCUGCUAAUUUGUGACGAUUCUCAUUUAAAUAACUGUUUCCUGAGCACAGUAUAUGUUGGAGACAGAAUAAUCCACCUUUCCGCUGUGGCCCAGAAGAAUAUCCUCGAAGUUAACGAAGUUACCAAUGUCUACAUAUUUAUGCGGCUGGGUUGGAUGACUACGAAGGUGCAGCGUCGGGGUAGAAUGACCUUACUGGGAAGAGGCCAAAAUGGGAAUUUCAAACGGAUGGAAGCUUUCCAGGGGGGGGCGCCCAUCAGCAGCUGCUUUGACGUAGUACGUCACCACAUGAAGAUAAAGCAUGACAAGGACUACCUCGAGGUGGUAAAAAAACACCCAAGCUUUCUCAAAGUGGAAGAUACUUACCGAAAAGCAUGCGCAUUUUAUCAAUUAAAAGGGAAAAAGCAGAAGAGAAGGAUCCCACUCCACAUGGAAUAUACAAAGGAGAGGAGAGGAGCACUACUACACACACAAAUAAGUGUCCAAGUAUUUAAAAAAGUUAAAGCCAUUUUCUGCCACGAUUUUGUGUGUAGUAAAUUUAUGAAGUUUGGACAAAGGAUCAAUCUGAUUGUGUAUGACGGGUUUGUAGUCGGUCCAUACAGGGUCACAGUGUCUUCCGAGUCUACUAUCCCCCAACUGGUUCUUCAGCGAAAUGGAUUCCUCAACGAAAGAGACGACGUUCCCACCUCUGCUUCCUUCUUCAGCAAGUUGUUCAUUGUGGAGAAGUUUCAGAAUGACUUGUACCUAAGCGAGAAGCGCAAGAGGGGGGUCACUCAGCACAGGAAUAUUUUUACUGGAGAGGUCUUUCACGAAAAUUGGAAUGAGGGAUACUUCCCGGUGUGGAAAUUAUACAAUAGGCGCCUGUUCGAAUACGACUUUAGGCCCAAGUGGGGAAUAUUCCCACUAGGGGGACGCUCAAGGGGGAGUCCUUUCCAAGGGGAAAAAACAUGUCAUCAGUACGGUUGUCAUUACUCUGUCUGUCCCCACUCCAAGAGGUGUCCUCCACCGCUCCCAUAUGAACCCUUUUUCUCCAUCAAGCACUACUACACUAUACGGUGCGAUGGAGGAAAGAAAAAACACGUCACGUCAAACAUCCUGGUAAAAAUGCAAACGUCAGGUAUUGGGACCCCCGAAAUAGUUACGCAGAACCAUUUGCCCGUUCAUUUCAAGUACCCCUCCUCCAUCCAAAUGGCAAUUUUUAGCAGACAUGUCGAGAGGCUCCAAAUGGUGGAUGGCUCCAAGUUGAUGCUUUACAAAGAUAAUGACUACUAUAUGAAGGCCUUCCUGGUAGACGAGAAUGAAAAUGUCAUUCUCACCAAUGAGCCGUUCCGAUACACUUUGGAGGAAGAUCCUUCUUCAGGAGACCUUCUCAAAAUUUGCUUAAAAGACAAGUCCCGCUACGUGGAAGUAACAAAUGAGAAACGAAAAAAUGUGAUUAGCACGAACAGUAGAAUUUUGAUCAAUUGUAAUGACGAAGAGGGGAAAAAGCGGGAGCGUAAUGAAAAAGGGGGUAAAAAUCGGUACCUUCUCGGUGUACCCCCAAAUGGGAUGAACCGUUUUAGUGCCUGUUCAGCGGGGGGAUUUUUACUCACAGUGGAGUAUUCCUCCCAUGAUGCUGAAGGAGGAAGUAUCUCGCACCAUUUUCAAAAAUUUGUCUCUCUUCACUUUUGCAAAAGAAUGAGCAUCUCGUAUGAAAAUCAUUUGGUUCUGUUUUUCUCUCCCCACGUUUAUUACUCAAUGCCCAUCUGCACAGCAGAGGACAACGGUGCAUGUCCCCUACACGCGCUGAGAUACUCCGUUAGGGGGACCAACAAGAUCAGCGUGCUGGGUCCCUCCGAGGUGAGCAGAUUGCACGGCAUUAGUGGGCACCAAGACAUGAGCGGACACCACGACAUGGAUGACCAUCGCCAAAUGAGCCACCAUCGCCUAGUGACCCUCCCACGCGGGGAAAGAACAAAACCAAGUGUGACCAUAGCAAAUUUGGACAACCCAAAGGGCCCACCUCAGAAAUGCACACGCGUGUAUGUCAACUCGGCGUUUGAAGCGAAAGGAGUUUUGACAAUACAAAACGAGUUGGUCUACGAGACGGACCACUUAGAGAUCCAUUUCGCUUUUGCAAAAUUGACGAGGGUACAGGUGUCCCUGCUGGUUGGAAAUGCAGAACGGGGGGACCAAAUGGCAGCAGUACCCAUGAGAGUCCAGUUUUUUGACAAGUAUAACAGAAAGGUCAAUAUGCUCCCCACGCAGUGGCUGCAGGUAAAGCUUGCCUACGAUUAUAACAACCGGAUUGAGAUGACCCCCCUGAAUUUGUCCCCAGAGGAGUGGAAUGAACAGGUAGGCCACCUCAACACGCCGCAACGUAGCACAACGGAGGAAGCAGCACCAAUAACGACGGACAUGUUUUUCCAGGUUCGCAGCUCACAUGAAGGUAAGUACUACAUACAGGUGGAAGUAAAAUACAAGUUGGGCAACAAACACAUUUCUAUUCUGUCAAAUAUGACGCGUCUGAUUGUGUACUCAAGGGGGGUUUCACUUUAUGAAGGCGGAAACUCCAUUGUGCUACACCCCUAUCAGCAAACCGUGGAGUUACCGUUCCAGUUAUGCCACCCGCUCAUACAUAAAGUUGUGUGCCUUUCGAGAGAUGAAGAACUAGUUGAGGUGGAAGGAGUGUUCAAGUCAGAUGGUGAGAAGUGCACUUAUGUCUGCUCCAUCAAGUCGAGCAACUCUGUGGGCAACACCGAAAUUGAUGUCUUCCCUAUAUUUGAAAGUUACUAUGCCGUUUUCAGCCAAGAGGAAGGAAGGACAAAUUUUAAAACCAUCGAAAAAUUGGAAGCAGAUUUUCACGACUUGGAAAGCUAUUAUGAUCAUUAUUUGGAGCAUCGCAAGGAACGCAAAGAAUGUCACAACAUGGCUGCACACACUUGCGAAGAAAUCGAAGAGGAGAAAAAAUUGCGAAAUUUUUUUUUUCUCAAAUUUGACGUCACUGUUGAUUAUGUACGAUCCAUGAAGCUCUUUGCAGAGGACACCAUUCGGUUGGUCCCCAAUGAAGAGGUAGAAACCUUCGCCAGUUUUUACAGCGGAGGGGGGGACACGCCCCCGUUCUUGUCGCUGGACUUUCGUCUGCUUUACGAGCGCACAGCCGAGUGGUUCCAGAUGGAGUAUUUUGUCAACGAUGGGAGUGUCCUUCUGAGUGAUGGAAGGGGUGCUCCCCAACCGCGUGGCCAGCCGGAUGGACCCUCCCCCACAAGACGCACAAUCGUCACCGAUUUAAGAGUCUCCCCCGAUGCGUUCCUAUCCAUCGAGGCACGCAAGGAAGGCCGCUUCUUUCUCUACGCGAAUUUUACCGAAUAUAGUGCCAGCUCCCAUCAGGGCGAGGCCGUCUACUCCCAGAUAUACAACUUGAUUGUCCAGCGACGUGUUCCCCAAGGAAGAGCUCUCCCAGUCGUCCACCUCAGCAGUAGCGGCGUUUAUAAAUUCGAUCGAAGCUUUCAUUUUCACUGCUUGGCAAUUUUGGCGAACUGGACUUAUGAGCAGCGCCUCCCUCUAUCAGCAGAAAAAAACGUGCGCACGGAAAGGAAGGCCAUCUUGCAUAAUGCGCAUUACUGGAAUAGACAGGAAAAUAUUUACAAAAAAAUUCUCAUCAGCAUAUCGGACAUUUACACUGUGAAGGUGUAUAACUAUUACGGCAAAUUCAUCCCCUUGAAUGUUGUCCAGUACCUGUCUAUCCAUCUGUAUAGUAUAAAUAUGGAGAGAGUUCUGCCCCCCCUGAAUGGCAAGCUGUAUGUACAAGUGUCGCACCCCACCGUGUUAACGGUGAAGACCGUUGGGCCUAAUCAUAUGUUUAUAGUGCCGCACAAGAUGGGCUGUUCAUUCGUCCGUGUCCGAUUUGAGUUGCACCCGGGGAGUUAUCCUGGAAAACAUCCACCAAAUGAUGCGCAGAAUAAUCCGAGAGAUGAUUUGCCCACACAAGGGGGUGGCGAAUUCCCCCCAACGGCGAAUAUGCACUUGUGCGUCACAAAGCGGGUGCCAACAAAAUAUUUUCAGAAAAGAAAAAAUUGCUACUACCUCAAGAGGGUUUACAAACUGCUCGGUCGUUACUCGCACCGGUUUUUCCAGCAGCCUUACAUGUGUGUGGAUUCUGUCACGAGGAAGGAAGCCAAGUUGGAAAAAGUCAGCGGGGGUGUACUAAGUAAGUCCAAUUUUUAUCGCGCCUAUAAAGAUUAUCACGCCAUUUCCAAGGUAAAAGAAUUCGAAGACCUUUUCCAGUCUUCUACGGGGCACCUCUCGAUCAUUAAUGACCACUGCUCGGGGCUGAAGCUGUGA